AUGACGACGAAACGCCCCAAUUUUAUGGUGAUUGUCGCCGAUGAUCUUGGUUUCUCCGAUGUGGGCUGUUUUGGUGGCGAGAUCCGUACCCCUCACAUUGACAAGAUCGCAGAGGAGGGGCUGCGGUUUACUGAUUUCCAUGCGGCGGCAGCAUGCUCUCCCACUCGGGCCAUGAUUAUGACCGGCACAGAUCACCACAUCGCAGGUCUGGGUAACUUGAUUGAAUGGACCAACAUCUCCGGACAGAAUGGCCCCAAGGGCUCUUCGAUGAGCACAGCUCCGCAGCGUGGUAUGCCUGGAUAUGAGGGGUACCUGAAUGAGCGCGUGGUCGCGCUUCCCGAGGUCUUGCGUGAUGCGGGGUACCACACCAUGUUAUCGGGCAAGUGGCAUCUAGGCCUCACUCCCGAGCGCUCCCCUCACAAGCGUGGUUUUGUUCGCUCAUUCGCCCACCUUCCUGCUUGCUCCAACCACUAUGCAUAUGAGCCCCAACUGCGCGACAAUGACGAUAUUCCCACUUUCAUCGAGGCUAGCUAUAUCGCGUUGCACAGCGAGGACGGCGAGUAUGUGCGCAACCUUCCGGAUGACUGGUACUCGUCAGACGGCUACGGGGACAAGAUGAUUGAUUAUUUGCGCGAGUGGAAGGAAUCCGGUGGCAGUGCUGGACCAGACGGAAAUGGAGAUCGCCCGUUCUUUGGUUACUUGCCCUUCACAGCCCCCCAUUGGCCACUUCAGGCACCGCGCGAGUACAUCGACCACUACCGUGGAGUCUAUGAUGAGGGUCCUGAAGCCCUACGCCAAAAGCGCCUGCAACGCCUGAAAGAGUUGGGUAUGGUCCGCGAGGAUGUAGAGGCACACCCCGUCGUUGCCGAUGAGAUCAAAGAAUGGGAUGAAUACACUGACGAAGAGAAGAAGAAGUCCUGCGUAUCGAUGGAAGUAUUCGCCGGAAUGGUAGAGUGUAUCGAUACCAACGUGGGAAAGGUGGUCGAAUACCUGCGCUCGAUUGAUGAGCUGGACAACACAUUCGUCUGCUUCAUGUCUGACAAUGGGGCAGAGGGGGCCGCCUAUGAGGCCUACCCCAUGGUGCAAAACGGUGUUAUGCCCCACCUACAGAAGUACUAUGACAACAGCCUCGAAAACCUAGGUGCUGGAAACUCAUUCAUCUGGUACGGUCCGCGCUGGGCGCAGGCCUCCACCGCCCCCUCUCGCCUCUACAAAGCCUACACAACCGAAGGUGGAGUACGAGUUCCCUUCACCUGCCGGUUUCCUAAGAACAUCAAUCUCAAGCCCGGCGACGCAACCGCUGCCAAGGGCGGUAUCACCGAUCAAUUCUCCACAGUCAUGGACCUCGCACCCUCAAUCCUGGAUAUGGCCGGCGUCAAGCACCCCGCACCAACAUAUCAAGGUCGCGAAGUAGUUUCGAUGCGUGGCCGCAGCUGGAAACCUUGGGCUACCGGUCAAGAAGAGCGCAUCCACCCGAAAGACUUUAUUCAAGGCUGGGAGACCUGUGGUCGGGCUGCACUCCGCUGCGCCGACUGGAAGAUUGUCUUCAUCCCCAAGCCUAAGGGACCCGAGAAGUGGCAGUUGUACAAUCUCGCCGAGGACCCUGGUGAGAUUCACGAUCUAGCGGAUCAGGAGCCGGAGAAAAUGAAGACACUUCUGAAGCUUUGGGAUCAAUAUGUUCUUGAGACUGGUGUUAUCCCUCUGUGUCCUGAUCUGGGUGCUUUCCUGGAGGCAACUGAGGCACAGAUGCCGGAGAAUGCUUGGAUGGAAUUUGAUUACUGGAAAGAUGGUGCGAGGGACACACCUGAGAAGUUUACUCGCGAACCUCCUCGUUUUCAGCGGACUAUUCAGCAGUGGUAG